GCCCACCCUCACGUGACCACGCACGUGACCACUCGAACCUCCUCCGCCAGGCUGUGGGGUAGUCUCAGCUCGCCGUUCCUUUCGGCCUUUGUCUUCCGCGACGCACCCCCACCACCUUCUCUGUUUCGCGCCCAUGGCGGCGUUAGCGGUGGAGAUGACGGCCCCGGGGCUCACGCAGAGCCAGCCAAAACUGCACAUGGAGGCCGUGGACCUGGGCGAGUCUGGUGUCAGCGACGAGAAGAAAAAGCGUGAGCGUGUGCCACGGCGCAUCAUCCACUUUGCGAGCGGAGAGACGAUGGAGGAGUACAGCACGGACGAGGAGGAGGAGGAGGAGAUCUCCAAACAGCUCGCGCCCCCCACCGAUCCCGCAAAGUUGACCUGGGGCCCCUACCUCUGGUUUUAUCUUUUCAAAACUGGAACAGGAACACUCGCUGUGUGCGACUUUGUCGGUGAGAAACUCGCUGACCUCUUCGGGAUCACCACUGCAAAGUAUCAGUACGCCAUCGAUGAAUACCACAGGAGCAAGGAGGAGGAGGAGGAGGAGGAGAUGGAGGACCGCCUCUCUGAGGAGGCCCAGCGGCGCCUCGAGGAGCGGAGCCAGCACACCGAGACGCAGCAGCCUUCCCCAUCCGUGGGCGACCAGGCCUCCCUCUGUGCGGAUAACGGGGGGCCCGAGCCGACGUGCGUGGCCAUGGUGUGAGAACCCCCUCACGCCCCGCGUAUCACAAUUUCACCGUGACCACUGCUGUACCUGUUGGGGUGGGUCCCGUGCCUUAUUUCUAUAAAUCUGUACAUUGAGCUAUUUAUUUUGAUUUUAAUUGGAGGCUAGAGUGCAAUGGCAGGAAUACAACUACACCACACACUCCAACAGACAUCAUAGGCGGUGGCAUGACAGCUUCAGUUUGACAAGCAUGAGGUGAGCAGAUUCUUACGAAUAGUGGGGCCGCCUCACGUUGAAUAGCUUUCUUUAAAUUGCCUUUUUUUUACACAUCCAAUCUGUUGCACAGUGUUUAUUAGACAUGUAACGAUUCACCAAUGUUGAUUAAAACUGAUCCUCAUGGUCACAAGACGACUAAAUUAUAUGCAAAUGUUACCUUUGGACACCCCGCUCAGGUCCACUUAAGACCUUACUUUUAUUACUCAGCCUGUAACUGACCGCAUCUUUCUCUCUCUGAAAUAGGCCCACUGUUACUGUAUUGGCGUCUUAAGGUGUGGUUGCAUUUCGACGCAAUAUGAAGCAAAACAUUUUAUUGCAUAAUUGGUUGGAACAAAUGAGACUGAACAAACGAGAGAGUAAAAAUAAGAGUACAAACAGGACGAAAACAUUCUAAAUUCUUGAAUCAAAUUAUGACCACCAAAUGUUGCCAAUUGCUCUUAACUUCGGCGAGCGGGAAGGUGAAUUGUUACUUGCCGUAGUUAAUGUUUUAUUCUCGAGGUGAUUAUCUGCGUUGGUGCGUGGUAAUUAAUGUCUGCAUGUGCGUGUUUCUGGCGAGGCGUUGGAGGCCUGUACGUUACUGCUCCGUUAACAGCUAGGCAUGCAUUUAUUCAGCAAUGCAGGUGGUGGAUCGCUUUAGGAAGGCCGGCGAUAUGGCUAUGCGCAACUCGGUUUGCCCACGAUGGUACCGCAUCUAGCAUUUGUAAGUGCAUGGCAGCAAACUUGCUGGUGGUAAAUUGGCACCGCUGGAUGUACGAGAUGGUGAAACCUGGACUUCUCCAAGCAUGGCAUGAUUGUGUACUGGUUGCACAUACUCGGGCUGAAUGCGAGUGGUCGUAAAAUGUGUAGGUGACGUAGAUAUAAGGUGAUAAAUGCAGAAUGGGGUUUUGUUUACUCUGAUCCAGUAUUUAUGAAUAAAUGUAUCGUAUAUA